CAGACUGCAAUCAUAAGUGCAGUGAAUGUGUGGAAAAAGGGGCAGAUUUUGGGCAUUAAUUGCAGACAAUAUUUAAUUGCAUUGAAGACAACAAUCAGUCCGUAGAAGACAUGGAAGACUACGAACGGGUCCUUCUGGUGAAGUCGGAUGUCUUCAUAUUCAAGAUCCCGCCCAAGACUACCAACAGAGCUCAUCGGGCCGCCGAUUGGAAACUGGAUGCCCCGGACUGGACGGGUAGACUCAGACUCGUCGCCAAAGGCAAGGAGUGUAUCCUCAAACUGGAGGACAAGAUGAGUGGUCAGCUCUUCGGCAAGUGUCCGAUCGACAAAUACCCGAGUAUUGCAGUCGAGUCGGUGUCCGACUCGAGCCGUUAUUUUGUGAUCCGUCUUCAGGACGACAACGGGAGGAAUGCCUUCAUUGGCAUCGGAUUCACUGAUCGCGGCGACAGCUUUGACCUAAACGUCGCUCUUCAGGACCACUUCAAAGUUCUACAGAAAGAAGAAGAGGCAGAGAAUGAGCCGGAAGUGAGUGAACCGAAGCUCGACUUAGGCUUCAAAGACGGACAGACUAUUAAAGUGAACCUCAAUAUUGCUAAAAAGAGUGGUUCCGGAAGUGCGUCGAGUCGUCCGCGCGUGAAACCAGUUGGCGGUGGACUCGGUGGCGGUAUUUUACUGCCUCCGCCUCCCGGCGCCACCAAAAGUGGUCAAACAAAGAGCGCCUCGACUGCGAGUUCAGUGAAAGCAAACACGACGACCACUCAAAGCGAUAAUGACUUCCUGUUAGACUUGAAUUCCCUGUCCAUCGGUCCCACAAAUCCCAUUCAAAACGAAUCGAAAACCAAUACUAAUAAUACUAAUAAUAAUGAUCUGUUCGGCGACUUCGAGUCCAUCUCAGCCCCGACUGCACCCAAGACUGAAUCGAGUGCACCCUUGGGCGGUGACCCCUGGGCUCAGUUCCAAUGA